AUGAUGCCAAGAGUUAGAUCGAAAGUGCAUCCUCAUUGCUCAGCACGCACACGUGUGACGGCUCCAUCCAAUUUAACAAGAAAGGCGAGGAGUUACGCUAGCAUACAGUCACCUGCAUCUGGACUUCGUAAAGCUGGACCUGCAGGUGAUGACCGCUGGCGGUGGAUUCUUAAUUAUCCGCGUAUCAGCUUUAUCGUUCUUUUCGUUGGUUGCACUUAUGUCGGUGGCAUCUACUUCUCAACAAAAGUAACUACCUGGACUCUAGACGUGCUUGGUUUUCAAAAUGAUCUAACUGCUACACGGGAAGUGUAUGCAAGUUCAAGUCGACUUUUGAACACAAUCGCAGAGUGCGUCAAUAAAAGCUCGCUUGAGUAUCUGGCUGGUGCAAAAUUGCAAUUUGAAGCUGACAGCAAACGCAUCCAGAAAGUAAUUGAUGCUAAUGAUGUCGCGCUUACCAAGCAACGAAACGCAGUAAACAAUUGUUCGGAAACCUUUCUUGCCAAUUUAAGAAAGCAAAGUACACUCAGCAAAGCCAAUUCCACGCUGAACUGUUUCUACGACAGUUUUUAUGACCAUACACCUGAAACGCAUGCUGUCUCAUCUUCUAGAGCACUGGUAAUUGCUGUCCGUACAAUAUUGACAACCCAAGCUGUGUCGACAGCAAGUGACAGUAUAUCGAAGCAGCAAGCACAAUUGCAGAGUCAACUUAUGGAGAUGUGGAAUGUCAUUGACACAAUCAAGAUCUCGGUCGAAAAGACACUUGAGGUCACGUCCUUCAACGCAAGUCACGAGUUGGACUCGCUGACACCUAUACUUUUCAAUAGCAAUGGAAAUAGUCUUUUAAAACAGUCGGCCUCCCGCCUUGGUCGUUUAAGCAAGAUAACGUCGUCAAGUCUAUCAACCCCGUUGACUUUGACAUCGUAUACCGGCUUAGAAACAAUGCAAAAAGCUGGCAGAACACUUCAUAAAGCACUCAAGUUCCUCGCAGAACUUCACGCUGGUUUUACACACAUCCUGAAUACUGCCGACGAAACCUGGGGGCUGCUGGUGAUGCGGCUUAAUGCUACUAUACAACAAGCUGUCUCACUUCAAGAAGAGCUCGAAUACGCCGUUCAAUCUACAACACAGCAGAUCAAUCGCACAACCGUUGCAGUAAUGACGAGCUUGAAUCAAUCGCAAAAGGAGAUUUCCGACACGUUUGACAUUUUGCACGAAAAGUGGCAAGUUGCAGUUAGAAAUAUGGUGAGCAAAGGUUUCGCGCCAUGGCAACGGCUUGGCAACCACUUUGUAGCCGAGCUGACGGCAAAUCAGCGCCAAUCGGAUCGAAUGGACAAUUCCAUUCAGCGCAGAUAUAUUUUGCCAGACCGAACUUCAAACUCAAGCUUGAAACAAGAGCACGCAAAACUAUCAUAUCACGAAUUUCAACAUCCCGCGAGCUCAUCACCUGGAAUUGCUGGUGACAACGAUGACUUUGACAUUGCUGUAUUGCGAGCCUCGCUGGUGGAUAUUGGAGCAAUAAUGACACAAUUCAUUUUUUAUGUAGAUGUUGGUCGUCUCUUUCUACUAGCAGCAGAUCUUGCAGUUGGACUUAUCACGGAGUCUUAUUCUGACAUGCCAACGCUGGAUAUUCGAGGUAUCACUAAGGUCGACACGAUUGAAAAUAUUUGCGAAGUUUUUCUUUGCCGGCACAGCUUUUCCGCGGUUUGCUUUACACUUUUAGGGAAAGCCUCUGAGAUGAUGCAUGUUUUCGUGACCUUCGUCAUAGUUUUUUCUGCUGCUUCAUUCAUCACUGUAGGAUUAUUUUUGUGGAAGAGAGACCACAAUACGCAUUGUAUAAGAGCUGGAGAAAUGCCGACUUCGCCGACGACCAUUCAGCAACUCACCCGAACAUUUUUCGACAAUGUUGGCAUUAGUGGCAAAUUUGUGGCCGAUCCACUGAUCGAGAUUCAGAAGUACGCUACAAUCAUCAAUAAUUCGCUGCGCAACGACUAUGCUGCUCUAAACCUGGACUCCGCUGUCGUGUGGAGAAACCAGUCUGGCUUACAUAAAGAUUUGAAUGAUAAUACGAUAACUACAAGCAGCUUGGUACGAAUGCUGCAAGAUUGUACUGGACAGAUUGGUGAUAAUUGGAUGACUGAUGAUGGUGAUGCUUCGCUAUCAAGUCAGUGUUUUGCUAACACACUGAGCAAUACGUCUGCGAUUGUAUCUCUAUCCUCCGAUACAGAAAAACUCAGUGCAAAUGCGCCCUUUUUGACCUCAUCCACCGUAUUCUUGUCGUGUUUCCCAAAUCAUGAGUCAUCACUCAAGGAACGUGAAGCAGUUGUGGCAAAACUGCAGCACGAUCUCUCGUGCGCCGCGGAAAAGGCUGUGUAUCUCUCUUUUGCAUCAUGGUGGUUGUUUAUAGUUAUUCUCGCUGUAAAUCGUUUCAUUGUAAGGAUGGUCAUCAAAUCAGCAGGUGUGUAUUGGUGGCGGUUCUUGAGUGCCAAUCGCCUCCAAUUUGUAGGCUUUUGCCAGGAAAAUGGAGACAUCGAGGCCAGUGACAAGCUAUCAACGGCUAUUAAGCGACACCUACGGGAUGCAAAAUGGCAGAUCAUUGGUCGCUUUGUUUGCGUCGGAUUCAGCUUACUCUGCGUCAUGUGUGUAAUUAUCACGAUUUUUUAUGAAGUGGCAUAG